CUUAGCAGAGAUGUCUCAGGCAAUUGCAGAAGAAUUAAGGCACCUUGCUAGCUUAGCUGAAAGCAAUACUGUCACUGAUGACUAUUUAUUGUUUCGCGUGGAUAUUUUGAAUGAGAGGCUACUGCAUUUAGCUGCAGACACGGAUAGUGAAGCUGACCCAUUAGUUCUCCAGAUUCUGGAGGAGGUGGCGUGUCGCUUGCACAAGUCUGUGUACCACACAAGAACUGUUGGAAGACCUGGAUAUUUGCUGCCCGCUGAAGCCUUGGAAUCGUUUUUGCUUGUGGGUCUGUCAGUAAAGGAUAUUGCGGAACUUUUUGGGGUCAGUGAAAGAACAGUUCACCGGCGGAUGGCAGACUAUGGUGUUAGAGUAUCGGAUUUAUUCAGCAACAUCGGAGAUGAUGAGUUGGAUGGAGUUGUGCGAGACAUUCUAAGUUAUCAUCCCAAUACAGGAUACAAGAUGAUGUUGGGCUACUUGAAUGCUCGAGGUAUUCACAUCCAAAGAAGACGAGUGCAAGAAGCAAUGCGCCGUGUGGACCAGCAGGGAAUUUUGAUGCGCACAUUCCAGCUUCAAACUGUUCAGCGUAGAAGAUACUCUGUUCCAGCAGUUUGUGGCACAUAG